AUGGCAACCAACAAUUCGACAACCGCGGCAUGCCCUGCACCAAUGAAAGCUACAUCAAAUGGAUCCUUCCAAGGUGAAAAUCCACUUGAUUUCGCUCUUCCCUUGGUCAUCCUUCAGAUGUGUUUAGUUGUUACUUUCACAAGGUCCCUUGCUUUCCUUCUUAAACCUCUGAGACAACCACGAGUCAUAGCUGAGAUCAUUGGUGGAAUACUACUUGGACCGUCUGCAUUAGGGAGAAGCGAGAAAUUUCUGCACACAGUUUUCCCUAAAAAGAGCAUGACUGUCCUUGACACCCUGGCCAAUAUAGGCCUCCUCUUCUUUUUGUUUCUUGUGGGUCUUGAGCUUGAUAUCGGAGCCAUUCGCCGCACUGGUAGCAAAUCCUUAGCAAUAGCCCUUUCUGGGAUCACUCUGCCUUUUGUACUUGGCAUUGGUACGUCAUUCCUUCUUCGUUCCACAAUUUUACCUGGAGUCCAUCAAGGCCCUCUCCUUGUUUUCAUGGGUGUCUCCAUGUCCAUCACUGCUUUUCCAGUCUUGGCUCGUAUUCUGGCCGAGCUAAAACUCCUCACAACAGAUGUGGGUCGCAUUGCAAUGUCUGCAGCUGCCGUCAAUGAUGUUGCUGCCUGGAUACUCCUCGCACUUGCUAUUUCUCUUACUGGAGCCAACACUUCUCCUCUUAUUUCUGUUUGGGUCCUCCUCUCUGGUGCUGCCUUUGUGGUUUUUUCCAUUUUUGCAAUAAAGCCACUACUAGCGUUGAUGGCUAGGCGUUCUCCUGAAGGUGAGCCGGUUAAAGAGCUCUACAUAUGCAUAACAUUAUCAGUAGUGUUAGCCGCAAGUUUUGCCACUGACACCAUAGGCAUACAUGCACUUUUUGGGGCUUUUGUGAUGGGAAUAAUCAUUCCCAAGGAUGGCCCUUUCGCAGGGGUUUUGAUAGAAAAGAUUGAAGAUCUAGUUUCGGCACUUUUACUGCCGCUCUACUUCGCAUCCAGUGGGCUGAAGACGGAUGUUACAACAAUGAACGGAGCUCUUUCUUGGGGCUUGCUAUUACUUGUUAUAUGCACUGCAUGCUUUGGGAAGAUAGUUGGGACAGUGUUUGUAGCUUUUCUAUAUAAAGUUCCUUUCAGGGAAGCCGUGGCACUUGGAUUCCUUAUGAAUACUAAAGGUUUGGUGGAGCUGAUCGUACUCAAUAUUGGCAAGGACCGCAAGGUGUUGAACGAGCAGGCUUUCACAAUCCUAGUUCUGAUGGCGUUGUUCACCACCUUCAUCACCACUCCUAUUGUGAUGGCUGUUUAUAAACCCGCCAGAAAGGGAGCCCCUUACAAGCAACGGACGGUUCAACGAAAAGACCGAGAUACAGAGCUGAGAAUCCUGGCUUGUUUCCAUAGCACACGUAACAUCCCUUCAAUAAUCAAUCUCGUAGAAUCAUCCAGGGGUAUACGGAAACGGGCGCGGCUCUGCCUAUAUGCCAUGCACCUUAUGGAACUCUCAGAGCGAUCAUCCGCCAUUAUGAUGGUUCAUAAAGCCCGCAACAAUGGUCUCCCCUUUUGGGAUAAUAAACGUGAUGAUAAAGAUUACAUGGUCAUCCCGUUUGAGGCCUAUCAGCAACUAACCAGCGUGACGGUGCGCCCUAUGACAGCCAUCUCUGCAUUUAAUAGCAUUCACGAAGACAUUUGUACAAGCGCACACCGGAAGAAUGCUGCAUUAAUUAUAUUGCCAUUCCACAAGCACCAGCGGAUAGAUGGAGUGAUGGAAUCGUUGGGACACUCUUUCCGUCUGGUGAACCAGCGUGUCCUCCAACAUGCCCCUUGCUCGGUGGGAAUACUUGUGGACCGUGGUUUAGGAGGCACCACCCAAGUCUCAGCCAGUGAGGUAUCUUUCACGGUGGUGGUGCCCUUUUUUGGGGGGCAGGAUGACUGUGAGGCGCUUGCAUACGGAAUGAGGAUGGCUGAGCACCCAGGAAUCAAGCUCAACGUCAUCAAGUUUUUGGCUUCACCAAGGAGCAAUGAUGAAAUUAGCAAAAAGGGGAAGGUGUUUGAAGAUGCUGAUACCUUCUUCUCUGAGUUCAACAAUUUUGGCAAGAACCAAAAUGCCAUCACAUGUGAUGAAAGAAUAGUAGAAAGCAAGGAAGACAUCAUAAUCACACUAAGAUGUAUGAGCAAAUGCAAUCUGUUUUUGGUGGGAAGAAUGCCUCCAACUUCACCCUUGACGGACGACAGAAGUGACUUCCAGGAACUAGGGCCAGUGGGGUGCUUCUUAGCAUCCUCCGAUUUCUCUACCACUGCAUCCGUUGUGGUGGUACAGCAGUACAACCCUGCAGCAAAUCUUCACCCACUUGUGGAGGAGGAAGUGAAUGCCAAUGCAUAUGAGGUCCCAGAUACACCUGUGGCUGCAGACGCGGUUUGA